AUGUUGAAAAUAUGGUCCAUGAAAGCAAAGGAGCAAGCGGCUGCCAACGCAAACGGCACGAAAAAGAAGAAGGUCACAGCAGCCCAGCUGCGCGUGCAAAAAGAUCUCGAAGAGCUUGAGCCCAGCCGAACAUGGCGCACCGAGUUUCCCGACCCCAACGACAUCCUCAACUUUACUCUGACGAUCGACCCUGAUGAGGGCAUGUACAAGGGCGGACGCUUCCACUUCUCCUUCGCUAUCAACCAGAACUUCCCGCAUGACCCGCCGAAAGUAAAGUGCACGCAGAAGAUAUACCAUCCGAAUAUCGAUCUCGAGGGCAAUGUGUGCCUCAAUAUCUUAAGGGAGGACUGGAAGCCGGUGCUGAACCUUAACGCGGUUAUCGUUGGAUUACAGUUCUUAUUCCUAGAGCCCAACGCCUCCGACCCUCUCAACAAAGAUGCAGCCGAAGACCUACGGUCAAACAGGGAGGGGUUCAAGAGGAACGUCAGGACAGCCAUGGGCGGUGGCCCUGUGCGGGGUGUGCCUUUUGAGAAGGUUCUGAAGUAG